UUGAAUGCAUCACAACAGGCAGUAACAGUUACGACUUGUCACUUCAGUGUGAGCUCCCAGGCAAGAAUCAGCGGCAGUAUCCUUCAUAUCAUAUCACAAUGGCAGCCCCCGAAACAGGCGGAAACAGGCGCCUGCAGCAGACCCAGGCCCAAGUAGAUGAGGUGGUGGAUAUUAUGCGUGUUAAUGUGGACAAAGUGCUGGAACGUGACCAGAAGCUCUCUGAACUGGAUGACAGAGCAGAUGCACUGCAGGCUGGAGCCUCCCAGUUUGAAACCAGUGCUGCUAAGCUGAAAAGGAAGUACUGGUGGAAGAACUGCAAGAUGUGGGCCAUCCUGAUAGCUGUUAUAAUCAUCAUCAUCAUCAUCAUUGUUAUUUGGAGUUAUUCAUAAAACACCAACAAGAGAAGAAGGAGUGGAGGAAACCAUGAAGAAGAGGAGAGGAGUGAGGUGUACAAUGAAUUCUCAGAGGAAGACGUCAAAUGGCAAACUGGCUACUGAACUCCACAACAUGUUCCCCCUCCUGCAGGAGGUCUUCAUUCCUUGUCCUGGUUUGCCCUUGUCUGUGUGUGUGAGUGUGUGUGUGUGUGUGUGAGUAUGUGUUUGAACACGUGCUUGAGUUGAGGAUUUGGAUGUUACCAGAGUUUUACCCCACAGUACUACACAAAACUAGAUACCAUUACACUUGUAUUUGAGUGCUAUGACACUUGCCAAAGACAACAGAAAGAAAGUUACAUCUACUCCACUUAAAAGAGUAUAAAUGAUCAUAUAAAGCACAUACAUACACACUCCAAAUUCAGGACUAGAAGUGAAGAAUUGUUGUAUACUCCUCAACUUAUAUCUACUUUUUAUAUAUUUGAUUUAUAGCCAUUGAUUUAGUGUGCCAAGCUAAGAGAAGUGCCUUUCAGAGAUAUACUGUGUAAGUAAAUAACAGAAACCCUGCAUAACACUGAAGAGAGACCCCUUUUAAACACAUCCACAUUUAUUCUCUUGAGUGUAACACCAAUAGUUAGAUCUUUCUCCCCCAACCCUUUUAGAUGCCAUACUUGUCCUCCUUUUUGAAUUGCAACAGCUGAAAAUGCCAUGAAACAAUCCCACCAUGAAAUGGCCAGAUCUGAUGCCUUAUUCUACUAAUGCACAUGGUUAAGUGCUGAUUGAGUUAUCUUUGUGUCCUGACCUGACAACAAAGCUUAUCAACACACUUGGAGCUUUUAGGUUAGGAUUUUUGGUAAAACUCGCCAGAGCAUGUGCCUAUAUCUUAAGACCAACAGCCUUACUUCUUGACUGGAGGAACUGCAGGUAAAUUUCAAGAACUGAAGAAAAGCAACAUUGGUUUAAAGUGGCAAAUUUUCAAUCCUGUCUCAAGGAUGAACAAUUAAGUUUACCCUUGAGAAGGAAAUGUAGUUUUAGAUCGAUGCCUUAAAAGGCUUCUCCAAUGGAGAACAGCCAGAAACACACGAAUGCCUUGUUGAUCAUAAAAACCAUCCAUUAAGAGUUGUGCCUUCUCAACGCCCACUCGGUUCAAACUGCUGUUUGAUAAUUCAGCUGAGUUCAUUUACCUUCAAUAAAGCCAUCUGUUUAGUCACUGGCAUUUUUCUCAUCUGAUCGAUGCGAGCUGCUUCUGGUGUUAUGUUUUAGUUGUAUUAUUCCUUUGAUAAUAGCUUUUUUUUGCAAUCUAUUAAAUGUAGAGCUAACCUUAUUGAGAGUAUAUAGUAUUUUUUAGAUGCUGCUAAGCAUCAUAUGUGUUUGGGUGCAUAGACAACUUUAGGGGCAGUGACAGUGUGAUAAUUAACAUACCAACACUGGAUGAUUGUAUUCCCUGCCAUUGCUUUCAUGCUUUGAAAAUAACUGUAUUUUAAUAAGUUAAAAAAAAAAUGGGAUUUCUUUGCUAAUUAACUUCACUUUGUCUUGAAUUCUGUAAUGCUAUUGAUGUUUCAGUGAAUUUUCAGUUUAUUUGAAGGCAUUAUUUUCCACAGUGCAUCCAUCAUAUUUUGGUAAUCGAUAUUGAACACUAACUCAGAAAUGGAGUCUCUUUUUAAAAUGAAGCCAAACUUUAGCCAAUAAGGAAGUUGUAUAAUGUUUUUAUAGGCAACUUAAAAAGCCUUUUCAGGCCAGGCUCUCAUCGCAGAUAUAUGGAAUUGUCAUCAUCUUCACUGUCUACUCCAGAAAUAUGAGACCCAGUAACUUCAUGCCUUGCUGAUGGGAACCUUCUGGGAAUGCAUUUGGAAAUAAGUGCAAUUCUACUCUGUCCCUAAAUGCCUUUUGCUUGAAUAAACAGAUUGAAAUAAAAUCA